AUGUCGAUCAAACGUGCUCUCUCCAAGAUUAAAACGUCCAGAACGUCCACCGGAGAGGAUGGUCACAGUAGCCCCUCCGUGUCCCUCUCCCCGCGUCGCACCAUCUUCAGCAACAUCCUGCGCGAUCGCGACUAUGUUUCGUCCUCCGAUGAUGUAUCGGACGACUCCUCUGCCACGGGGGGAAUGAGCAAAAACCAACAGAAGCGCCUGGCCCGGAAACAGCGCAAGGAGAGUUCGCGCCUCAGUGAGGAACGUCAUUCAGAGGAUUCGGACAUGCGUCAUAAGGAGGAGAUUGCUACUGCCGCCCGCGAAGAGACCGCCGAGAUGAAGGCUCGAUAUGGCGAACUACCCCUCAUGCAGUCCCGAACCCGUACUCAUGAGCUACGUACUAAUUUCACGGACAUUUCUGCCUCUCUGGUUGGCCAGGAAGUCUAUUUCACGGCCCGUCUGCACAUCAUCCGUCGCAUGAGCGCCAAGUUGGUCUUCUUGGUCUUCCGCCAGCAAUUGUUCACCUUCCAGGGCGUCCUGCAUGAUGAACCAGGCGUGGUUUCCCUAGCAAUGGUUCAUUGGGCCGAACAUCUUCGCUUGGGCAGCAUUGUUCGGGUUCGGGGCGUUGUUCAGGCCCCUCAGGUCCCCGUCUUGGGCUGCACCAUUCAUGAUGUUGAAGUUGCUAUCAAGGAGCUGCAUCUCGUUGUCCGUCGCGAGGAGCCUGUUCCCUUCAGUGUCUACGAGGCUGAAAUUCAGACUGCCGAGGAAGAACGUGUGGAGGGGCGACACAGCCGCAUUCCCGAUAGAACCCGUCUCGUUAACCGUCUGCUUGACUUGCGUACCCCCACCUCUCAAUCCAUUUUCCGAAUCCAGUCCGCCAUCGGAAACCUCUUCCGUACCGCCCUCGACGAACAGAACUUCAUUGAGAUCCACACCCCCAAGUUGCAAGGUUCCGCCACGGAGUCUGGCGCCAGUGUCUUUCAUGUUCAAUACUUCGGUCGGGAUGCUUUCCUGGCUCAGAGUCCGCAAUUGGCUAAGCAAAUGGCCAUCGCGGCCGACUUUGGUCGAGUCUAUGAGAUCGGUGCUGUCUUCCGUGCGGAGAACUCGAACACUCACCGCCACCUGACUGAAUACACGGGCUUGGACAUUGAGAUGGCUAUUGAGGAGCACUACCAUGAGAUGCUCGAGGUGUUGGACUCGGUCAUCAAGAACAUUUUGGAAGGUGUCUACCGCCGCUUCCGGCGCGAAGUUGACACCAUCAAGCACCAAUUCCCGUCCGAAGAUGUCGUCUGGCUGGAGAAAACCCCGAUUCUCCGAUUCUCUGACGGCAUCAAGAUGCUGAACGACUCGGGCUGGCGGGAUGAAGACGGUAACCCAUUGCCUGAGGACGAGGAUCUGAGCACCCGCGAUGAGAUUCGCCUGGGCGAGCUCGUGAAGGAGAAGUACGGCACUGAUUACUACAUCCUCGACAAAUUCCCCGUCAAUGCUCGUCCUUUCUACACCAUGCCUGAUCCUGAGGACAGCCGGUUCACCAACUCCUUCGAUAUCUUCAUUCGUGGCCAGGAAAUCGUCUCCGGUGGUCAGCGUAUCCACGACCCACACAUGCUGGAGGAGAACAUGAAGCGCGUGGGCAUUCAACCAGACACUAUGGAGGAAUAUAUGGAAGGUUUCCGCUGGGGAGCUCCCCCUCAUGCGGGUGCUGGCGUUGGUCUUGAGCGCCUGCUGAUGCUAUUGCUGAAACUGGGCAACAUCCGCUUGGCUUCCCUCUUCCAUCGUGAUCCCCGUAGCUUCCCCGCGAAGCCUCCUGUGAUGCAAUUGCGUCAUCCCGAGUCGUCUACCAUUGAACCUCCGUGGGUGCGCGACAAGAAGGGCAACGUGGCGGAAAACGAAAGCGAGCUGCAACCCAUCGAGCACCUCAUCGCCAACUACGGUGACGCUACCUCCACUUCCUGGGGUGACGAACGUUUCAAGAUCUGGCGUGACAUGAGUACCGGAGCCGCCAUUGCCUAUGUCGUAAGCACGAGCAACUAUGUGGUCAUUCCUGGAAAUCCCCUCUGUGACACCCGGCAAUACCGUCAAGUGAUCAUUCAAUUUCUCCAGUGGCUACGGCGCGAGACCAAGUACAAGCCUGUCUGGCUGCUAUGCUCAGCUGAGGUUGAAGACGUGCUUGGUGAGCGUCUCGGCUGGCGCACUCUGUCCUGCAUUGCCGAGGAGCGUGUUAAUCCCUCGCGCAAUAUGGCUGCCACGGAUGGCGAGAUUGCCCGCAAGAUUCGGCGUGCAGAGAACGAAGAAGUCAAGGUGGUGGCGCUCAAGAACGGAGAAAUGGUGUCGGAUGAGGUGCGCGAGAAGAUCGACCAGCGCAUUCAGGACUGGCUGAGCAACCGCAAGGGCACCCAGGUGCACCUGUCGGAGAUUCGUCCAUGGCGUGAUCCUGAGCACCGCUGGUAUUUCUAUGCUGUCGACAAGUCGGGCACUAUCUGCGCCUUUGUGGCACUGGCCACCCUGGCGCCUGUGCACGGCAUGCAGAUCAAGUAUAGCUUUGAUUUUCCGGGCGCGCCCAAUGGAGUUAUCGAGUAUAUUGUCACCCAGGCGAUCCAGACGGCGGCUGCUGCCGGUGUCAAGUCUCUGACUUUCGGUGCUGGCGCUAUGUCCACGCUGACGCCCGGACACAACUUGAAGGGCCCCAAAAUCAAGAUGUUGCAGCACACCUACGACACGAUCGCCAAGCAAUUCGGCUUGGUCCGCAAGAGCGAGUUCCGAGCCAAGCUGGGUGCCGAGGACGAUCCGCUCUACAUCGCCUAUCCCCCGCAUGGCAUGGGCACCAAGGGUAUGCGGGCCGUGCUUCAUUUCUUUGAAGAUUAG